UCUUUGCCCAUAUAUUUGUUAUUUGGUUAUUAUAAUUAGUCUUGGACUAAACAUAUACUACAUUUGUAUGUUUUCUCCAUUUGCACCUUUUUUUCAUUAAUGCCUGCGCUUUAUUUGUGCUUUGCGCUUAAAGCCCAACAUACCUUAUAGGUUUUUUGGGCUUUUUGCUUUUGAUACAGGUACUCUUUGUUUCGCUCUCUUGAAUUGUGGCUUUAUUGUUUCCUUUAAGAUGCAUUUGUGGAAAUGAGAUUGUCAUCUGUGAUGCGAAUGCUUCCUUUUUAUGCCGAGAGCUCAAUAGGCUGCUAGGAGACUUGAACUGGAUUAUGAUAAGCUGGACCAUUUGCAUCGAAUAGUAGUUGACAAAAACCUUUCCUGGUGAUUGGGCGUUGGCAACCUGUUUCUUUUUGUUAACCUUGUGGCGCACGUCUCUUUUUUAUUACUACUUCGGACUUUGUUUAACACGAGAUUCCAAGCGCCUAAACCGUCUGAGCUAUAUGGAAAAUAUACCUGGAAGAUUGAUAAGUUUUCACAUAUUAACAAGAGAGAACUUUGGAGUAAUGCUUUUGAGAUUGGCGGCUACAAAUGAUACAUUGCAUCGGUUCUGGAUGAAAGAGCUUGAUUGGGGGUGGAAAAAAUUUAUGGAGCUUUCCAAAGUUGUAGAUGGAUUUAUUGAUGCUGAUACCCUCGUAAUCAAAGCUCAAAUUCAAGUUAUCAGGGAGAGAGCAGAGCGUCCCUUCCAUUGCCUGGACUGUCAAUAUCGGAGAGAGCUUGUUAGGGUGUAUUUAACGAACGUUGAGCAAAUUUGCCGCCGUUUUGUGGAAGAGCGACGAGCAAAGCUUGGAAAAUUAAUAGAGGAUAAAACUAGGUGGUCGAGUUUCUGUGCUUUUUGGAUGGGAAUAGACAAAAAUUCUAGACGCCGCAUGUCCCGGGAGAAAUCAGAUCGGAUUUUGAAAAUGGUGGUCAAGAAUUUCUUCAUAGAAAAAGAGGUUACAUCUACUCUUGUAUCUACUCUUGUGAUGGACUCGUUGUACACUGGACUUAAAGCUCUGGUAGGCCAGACUAAGGGACAGACAGGUAGAGGGAAAUAUUUAGAUGCAGAGGAACAAACAGUUCCUAUUGUUUCCAUGGAGAAAGACAUGUUUGUCUUGGUGGAUGAUGUCUUGCUUUUGCUUGAGAGGGCUGUUUUGGAGCCGUUGCCUCCUAAGGAUGAGAAAGGUCGCUAACGUAAUUGGCCCAAAAAAGUGUUCUUUGGAAUUAUAGAUUCUUGGGGGUUGCAGAAAUCAGUGCACAGAUUAAAAAGGAAAACCUCUUUGUAAAAUAGAGGUUGCAUAUCAGGAAGCUGUUGCAUAAAGAGGCAAGAGGAACUCAUCUGUGAAGAGGAGGCUGCUCGGUUGGCUGAAACUGAGCAGAAAGCUAAACGAGCAUCUGAGAAGGAAAAGAACUCAAAGAAAAACCAGGAAUUGAUUUGCAUUCUGUUUAAUUACAAAAAUUACAUGAAGAAUCAGACAUAUUGUUUAUACAAUUAAUCAGUACAUCUGAAAGUGAUGCUACUAGGUCCAUUUUUGUGUCUGAAGGCUCAGAUGCUACUAGGUUCGUGAUAGACAUACUUAUUGACGAAAGAGCGAGACUAACGUACCCAAGAGAGGGAAAAGCAAGAGUAACCCAAGAAAUAAUUUCUCGUGGCUAUAUUGCCAGUUUUUGUGACCGGAGGUUUAGUAUACACAACCUUAUAUCUUUAAUUUGCAUUAGUGACCUAUUACAGAUGGCUGAGUGAUGUGUCGCGGAUUUGUGGCAUAUUCGACGCUCUUUUACUAUGAAUUCUGGUUGUUUUCAAGUAAGUCUGGUUCUUGUUAAUAUGUUUUUGUUGUGUUUUAAGAAAACAAUGGCCCAAAAGCAAAAACAAAGAACAAAGGAAAAAUUGGCCUGAAAUGAAGAAUCGACGUCCCGUCGAUCAGCCGACGGACCGUCCUUCGAAGAGUCGAUAAGCUCGAUUUUCCAGUGAUGACCUUAGUUGAAGACGAUAAAGGACGGAGACAUUGACGAAGCGUCGAACUGAUGGACGCUUCGUCGUUUGUGUCGUCAAUCAAGAUCUGUCAACAAGAAGAGAGACGGAAUACUCGACGGAGCGUCGAACUGGUCAACGGCACCGUCGAAUGGAUCACAUCGCUAAAGAUACAAAGGACAGAGGAAUCGACGGAUCGUCGAACGAUAGACGGUCCAUCGAUCUUGCCAUCAGGGGCAAUUUUGUCAGUCGCUGCUGUGCGUUUUUUGGAGCCUAUUUAAAGAACAUUUUAGGUUAUUUUUAGCAGCCAAUUUUCAUUUUAUGCACGUAAACAAAGUUCCAUUGGUGGGUGAGCAUUGAUUACUCCACUUUUGGAGCUUAGUGAAGACAACAAGAUUCCAUUUUUUAUCAUCUUUAUCACACUUUGUAAGCUUUAUGUCUUAUUUAUUGCUUACUACUUUUGAGACUA